AUGAAGCAAACGUACUCGGAGCCACCCAAGGACGGCCGGGAGGCGCUGCAGCGGCUCCGAGACACGCUCGACGCGGGCGGGUGCAUCUUUGGUGCAGGCGCCGGCAUCGGUCUCUCUGCCAAGUUUCUCGAAAAGGGCGGCGCGGACCUGCUCGUCACCUACAACUCUGGCCGCUUCCGCAUGCAGGGCAGGGGCAGUCUGGCGGGCAUGAUGCCCUACGGCGACGCCAAUGGCAUUGUCCUCGAGCUUGCCAAUGAGAUCCUGCCCAUCGUCGAGCACACGCCCGUGCUCGCGGGCGUCAUGGCGUCGGAUCCCAUGCGCUCGAUCCCGCGCUUCCUGCGCCACCUCGCCUCGCUCGGCUUCGUCGGCGUGCAGAACUUCCCCACCGUCGGGCUCAUCGAUGUCGACAGCCUCUACCGGCGCAACCUCGAGGAGACGGGCAUGGGCUACGACACGGAGGUGGACAUGAUCCGAGAGGCCGUCCAGCUGGGCCUGCUCACGACGCCGUACGCAUUCAACGUCGACGAGGCGCGGCGCAUGGCAGAGGUCGGUGCCGAUGUCGUCGUGGCACACAUGGGCCUCACGACGAGCGGCUCCAUCGGUGCGCAGUCGUCAAAGACGCUCGACGACUGCGUCAAGGAGACGCAAGCGAUCGCCGAUGCCGCGCGCGCCGUCAAGCCAGACGUCAUCGUCCUCGUCCAUGGCGGGCCCGUCGCGGCGCCCGAGGACGCCCAGUACGUGCUGUCGCGCACCAGGGGCGUCCAGGGCUUCUAUGGCGCCAGCAGCGCCGAGCGCCUGCCAGUCGAAAAGGCCCUCUUUGAGCACACGCAAAAGUUCAAGCAAGUCGGGCUUUCGACGACGAAGCAGGAGGGAUCAUGA